GCUAGUACUUGAUUAUUCUCCGUCCGUCCGGCGACAGUCCUGAAGAGAAAGGUCUCCGGUCAUUUGACAGCUGAAAGAGAAGCAUAGUGGAGGGAUAUCCGAUUUCGAUAAUCAAUUUGUUUCAGUAUUAGCUGCUCUCAAUCUCCUUCUUCUCUUCUCCCAGCUGAAGAGGAGAUGAAUUCUUCGGUCAUAAACAACUUUAGCAGCUACCUCACUCAUCGUUCUAUCACUCGGUGCUGCAAACCUGAUCAUAGACGCAGCAGAAGCAGCAGCAGCAGCAGCAGCGGACAUGUGAAGUUGCCAACGGGAUUCAUGACAAGAUCUGUGCAGGAUGUCGAUCCGUUACCCACGAUUAACCAGAGUACCAGUUUUGGAGCUGUGGCGAUGAUUACUGGUGUUGCAGCAGUGGCAAACAUGGCUAUUGCACAUGCUACUAGUGCUUCUCCUAUGGAUAACUUUAUGGAAAGUGCUGCUUCAAAUUAUAUAUUGGCAGAUGGUGGACUUGGAGACUGGUUUGGAGGUCUCAUGUACUCUGCUGGACAACAAGCUAAUGAUGCUGUUCGUGAUCAGCUAUCAGCCCUCAGCUUCACCAGCUUGGCCGUUAUAUUUGGUGCAGGUCUGGUAACUAGCCUGUCUCCAUGUACCUUGAGUGUUCUGCCACUGACCCUUGGCUAUAUUGGAGCAUUUGGUUCUGGAAAAAGCAAGACACAGGUCGUAGGUGAUUCGAUUGCAUUUUCUUUGGGAUUGGCAACUACCCUUGCUCUCCUUGGUAUAGCAGCAUCAUUUGCAGGAAAGGCAUAUGGACAGAUAGGACAGGGAUUACCUUUGGCAGCUUCUGGUUUAGCUAUAAUUAUGGGUCUCAAUCUCCUCGAGGUCAUUGAGUUACAGCUUCCCUCAUUUUUCAACAACUUUGAUCCCCGUGCAUCUGCUGCUAGCCUUCCCACAAGUGUGCAAGCUUAUUUAGCUGGACUUGCAUUUGCUUUAGCUGCUUCACCUUGCAGCACACCUGUUCUGGCCACUCUUCUUGGAUACGUGGCUUCGACAAAGGAUCCGAUAGUUGGCGGCAGCUUGCUGUUGACAUACACAACUGGAUACGUUGCUCCUUUACUUCUGGCCGCUUCAUUUGCAGGAGCUUUGCAGGGUCUGCUCUCUUUCCGUAAGUUUUCAGCUUGGAUCAACCCCAUGAGUGGCGCCUUGCUUUUAGGUGGUGGCGUGUAUACUCUCCUGGACAAACUUUUCCCUAUCACCAUGUCCAUGUCCAUGUAAAUAUUUUUAUUAGGCUGACUCCAAGAAGAUAUCAUUAUUAGAAGGAAUAAAAUUAAAGAUUACAUAUGUCAAAGCGAAGAUCAUAUUUUUAACACACACACAAUGUCCUUGGGCCGAGAACAUACAUACAUACAUACAUAUGGGAAGAAUUAUUCUGCCUUAAAACCUAAACUGAUUCAUUCCCCUUGGGGCAUUUAUUGUUUACCAUAAAAGGGAACUAGUGUUGUUGUAUUAUUAUUGAAGUGUAUAUAUAGUUAAUUAAUUAGUUUUCUUUGUUUGA